GGAGCAGCCGCCGCGCUAAUCCACAUAUCUAGUGAUAGUAUCAUCACCAGGGCCAACCGAUGAGCCUUUCUACAGCUUUUAGUGGUUUCACUCUGACCUGAGAAAGUUAAUCCUCAACAGGAACUCCGUCCUCAGGCUGUGGUGAGUCCGGACCAUUUAAACCAGUCCGGUGGAGCGGUUAAUUAUAUGUCGGUCCCCGUGCUGCUCGUUAACGUUUGUCUCCGUAGCUACCGAGCAGUUGUUAGCUCCGACACAAAGAGGGGAGUCUUGCUAGCUGGCUAAACAACCAACAAACACUUCUAAAAUAAGUAUAAAACAUGGAUACGUUUCAGAUGGAAAAGAUAGGAGAAGGGACUUAUGGAGUGGUUUAUAAAGCGAAGAACAAAGUCACCGGCGAAACUGUUGCUCUGAAGAAAAUCAGGCUGGACACGGAAACAGAGGGUGUACCAAGUACUGCCAUCCGAGAGAUUUCACUUCUCAAAGAACUCAGUCACCCAAAUAUUGUCAAAUUGCGAGACGUCAUCCACACUGAGAACAAGCUCUACCUUGUUUUUGAGUUCCUUCAUCAGGACCUAAAGAAGUUCAUGGACUCCUCCUCAGUCACCGGUAUCCCGCUGCCUCUGGUUAAGAGUUAUCUUUUCCAGCUGCUGCAAGGCCUGGCCUUCUGCCACUCUCACAGGGUCCUUCAUCGAGACCUGAAGCCACAGAACCUGCUCAUCAACGCUCAGGGGGAGAUCAAGCUCGCCGACUUUGGCCUGGCAAGAGCCUUUGGAGUACCUGUCCGCACUUACACGCAUGAGGUGGUAACACUUUGGUACAGAGCACCGGAAAUUCUCCUUGGCUGCAAAUACUACUCCACAGCUGUUGACAUCUGGAGUCUAGGGUGCAUCUUUGCUGAAAUGAUCACCAGGAGGGCCUUAUUCCCCGGUGACUCUGAGAUCGACCAGCUAUUCAGAAUCUUCCGCACCUUGGGCACGCCUGAUGAGACCGUCUGGCCCGGAGUCACAUCAAUGCCUGACUACAAACCAUCUUUCCCCAAGUGGGCCAGACAGGAUUUAUCCAAAGUGGUUCCUCUUCUUGACGAGGAUGGAAGAGAGCUGCUCGGAGAAAUGCUGAAUUACGAUCCAAACAAAAGGUUAUCUGCCAAAAAUGCCCUUGUACAUCGAUUCUUCCGUGACGUGACCAUGCCGAUACCUCAUCUCAGACUCUGAGUCACGCAAAAUAUCAGGCCGUUUUUAUGCCAACAAUGUGUAAGCAAUAAGGACCUCCUCAGCCUAAGUUCAGGACCAAACCUGGAAUGGACAGAAACAAUGGACACUACAGGAUACGUUGAAUCCAUUAAUGGAUAUUUGAUAAUACUGAAAACCAGCUUUCUAGAAGAUAGAUGUCCUGAAAGCUUUGCUGUUUCAGCUAUGAUGUUGUAAUAGUUAUGAAUGUUUAACUGUAAUUUUCAAUAUCAUAAUUUUGCAUAUUUAUGUGCAGCUGCCAUUUUUGAUGUAAAUGUUAUUUGUAAUUGGGAUGGUCCUCUUGACCGAGUGCAAGUCAGGCAGACACAUUCUAGUUACCUGCCAUUAAAUUUCUCAAUUUGAUCGGUAUAUUGGAUAUAGGAUGUCCACAUUCAAAUAGUCAAGUAGCUAAAGUUAAAUAUUAUUACAUAUAAGUUUGUGGGAUAGUGCAAAUAACAAAUGUCAUGCUUUGUAAGACAGCUGAAUGAAAGACGGAGAGACAAGAACAUCAUCAGCUGAUGUAAAACAGUUGGUACUACAAGAACAUGAGAUUAUAACCGUGUUCUUCUAGUUUGAUUUAUCUUACAGUUAUAUUCAAAAUUUGGGUCCAAAGUAUCUUGAAGUGAUUUUAAAACUGCACCGUUGUUAAACACACACAAAUGCUUAUUAGUCAUUCAGGUUUUCUGGGAGGAUCGUUAACCGAACUGAAGUUUUCACCUUUGUACAUAUAGACAGCUGUGAUAUUCAAAUCUUCCCAGUUGUAAUUCAGAUUUUACAGAAUUUAAUGUGCUGUCACAUUUUCUUACUCUAGAUUUUAUCCAAACCUAAAGAACAGUUUUUUAUGGAUAUUGUUUAUUUACAGUUUGAAAAAAAUAAAACUUGUUCAAAUAAGUGUUACUGAUAAUUUUAGCCUCAAGUUUGCACAACAGACGGUUCGUUUGAAAGAUCAACAGAGUUUAUUACAGUUUGAGUGUAAGUGAAUUGUUUUCUUCAAUUCUGGAGCCAAGUGAAACAAUUGUUCCAAAUAAUUUGUGAGACUCAAAAUACUCAAAAUAGGCCGUCUUCCCCCAUUUAAAUCAAAUUACUGUCACACUUCAUUAAUCUCUGGCUGGUGUUAUACACAGGUCCACUUCUACAGUCGACAUCUCAUCGGACACAUUCAGAAACUUACCACAGUCAACCAGUGUGCGCUCCAAUAAAAUAUAACCGAUCAACCCAACAGUUUCUACAUAAAUGAGUUUUUAUUAGUCACGUCACAUUUAGACGUCACAUCAAACAAUACAGAAGUUCACUCUCAAGGAAUCUGAAAUUUUUAAAAAGUCUAAUAUGUUUAAAUCCUUUAAUGUCUUUAAUGUGUUUGUAUCUUUACGUACCGUACAUAGAAAAACACUCUGUGUCAACAGGUGUAAUGUAGUGCCAUUUAUUUUCAUAAUGAACUAUAAUUAAAGUAAAUAGAAAUUGUGGGAAAAUUAGCAUGUUAUAAGCAAACGGUAAGAAACAGAUGUUACCCUCAGCUAUAAAUGAAACUGAAUUGCAUUAUAUGAGAGGCUUAAUUGAGACAGUGGGGCUUUUUGUUCAUUUUGGUGAUUUAGUAAAAAGUUAACACCACAAAAUGCAUAUGUGCUCGACUAAAGUAUAAAGAGUUAUAGAGUUAUAGAAUUAUAUCAGUGCUAGCCAGCUAGCUGUCUACAUUCUAUUUACUGCAGCUCUGAGGUUGCCUACCAUUGUGACAACGUUGUUGAUAGUAAGUGACAACACCACAGAUAUAAUGAUGAUGAUAGUUGUUGGUUUUAAACUUUGUCAGUGUAAACACUAGAAGUUUGUUCAGACUGGUAAAUGAAUAAAGCUGCACAAUGAAAUUCAAUUAAAUAUAUUUUUUAAAUUUUUGAUACUAU